UAUCUACUGCGAAGACACGACUUGACGACGAACACGAACGAUGAUCAGACUAAGAAAGGAUGAUUAAACAGCUCUACCUGAUAGAAGAUGCAGUUACAGAGCUGUACGUUCUUGUUUCCCUAAACAGAACGGACAUAAGAAACCAAGUAAAAGCUUCUCGUUUGGCAGUAGGCGUUUUCUAGAAGCAAGUACCGCAUGAUGCUCUUUGAGUUCACUGGCAUGCUGCUCGAGUACCAUUUUUUCUUCCUUCAUACAUCCGAUCCGGACCUUCGAAGACCGCACACACGUGUUCCAAGUGCACAGGCGUCCGGAGUCUUUGCAGAGUUUGACUAGGAUCUCUCUAGACCGGAGCUUCAUAAAGCGAAUUGUCAAUUUCAACGUCAAAGGACGUAGAGGCACUGGCGCUCAAAUCUACCCGGCGAUUCAGUACGGCUUCACUCCACAGCCUCUCGUACUGGAACGCGGAGACUACCUCCACUUCCAAUGGGUCGGAUCAGACGCAAAUCCGAAUGUUAUGUGUGACACGUACUUAUAACUUCAAAUAUUUCCUUCAAUCAUCUUGUGUUGAAAGAUGAGAAAGACAACUACAGCGAGCGAAAAAAUUCGUACCCACUCCGUCUCUCUAAGUCACGUAACCAAGGUAACGGGAAGACAGGCACCGAUAGGAGCAAUAUAUGCGCGGUACCGACGACACACAUUCACGGACCCGCUUGGUACCAGUUGUACUCCUCCACUAUGUACUCUUUUUCCGCCGGGUCGUCCGGUGGCUUGAUGAACUGCGAACCCAAGGACCUGCACAAGUUUUUCUGCGACUAUGAGGACACGGAAGGAGACGACGCUGAGCGGGGACGAUGCUUAGACAAGAUAGAGAAACUAGCUUGGCUAGGGCAAACGAAGUGCUUAAACAGUCCUGAGAUCAACAACGCUGGGAACCGGGGAAUGAACUGCGCGCAAUUGAAUGGGGCUUCGGCUUACUUCAACUAUGGUUGGGGCGGAUCUUCCAAGCAUGAAGACGGGGCUAAGGAGUUCUAUUGGUAUGGCUGGUAUGAGUGUGUAUAGUCAUGUCAUGUCAUGGUACCUCUGUGCUCUACUGUUGCGAUUAGUAAAGAGGUCUUAUUAGCCUCCGUGUACCUUCCAGAUGGAAAGCACGAAAGCCAACUGAUAGACUAUCAAUUUGAGACGCGAUGUAUUUAUAUGAUCCAUGAGAUGAAUUGGAUGGUAUCCAUUUCUACUUCGUAUCCCUUGAUGUGUCAAUCUAAUUCCAGGGAGAGCCAAUUGAGAUGCAGAGCAGCGGCGAGCACUACUUCAAGUCGACCAGAAACGACGACUUCUCGAACCGCC